AUGGGAAACCACAGUGUUGUUCCAGAGUUCAUCCUCCUCGGGCUGUCUGCGGACACCCAGAUCCAGGUCCUUCUCUUUGUGCUUUUCCUGGUGAUUUAUCUGCUGACCAUGGUGGGGAACCUGGUGAUGCUGCUGGUAGUCAGGAUUGAUUCCCACCUCUGCACACCCAUGUACUUCUUCCUGGGACAGUUGUCCUUCCUGGAUCUGUGUCACUCCUCUGUCACUGUGCCUAAGCUGCUGGAGAACCUCUUGUCUGAGAAGAAAACCAUCUCUGUGGAGGGCUGCCUGGCUCAGGUGUUCUUUGUCUUUGCCACUGGGGGCACUGAGUCCUGCCUGCUCGCUGUGAUGGCUUACGACCGCUACGUUGCCAUCAGCUCUCCUCUGCUCUAUGGCCAGGUGAUGAACAGGCAGCUGUGUGUGGGGCUGGUGUGGGGCUCCUGGGGCGUGGCUUUCUUGGAUGCUUUCAUUAAUAUCCUUGUAGCUCUGGAUUUAGACUUCUGUGAGGCUCAAAAUAUCCACCACUUCAUCUGUGAGCUGCCCUCUCUCUAUCCUUUGUCUUGCUCUGAUGUGUCUGCAAGUUACACCACCCUGCUCUGCUCUAGCCUCCUGCAUUUCAUUGGGAAUUUUCUCCUGAUAUGUUUUUCCUAUAUUCGCAUUUUGCUCACCAUCCUGGGCAUCAGCUCCACCUCAGGCAGAAGCAAGGCUUUCUCCACCUGCUCCUCCCACCUCACCGCAGUGACUUUCUUUUAUGGCUCAGGAUUACUCCGCUAUCUCAUGCCAAAUUCUGGAUCCACUCAAGAGUUGAUCUUCUCCUUGCAGUAUACCGUGAUCACUCCCAUGCUGAAUCCUCUCAUCUACAGUCUGAAGAACCAGGAGGUGAAGGCUGCUGUGAGAAGAAUGUUGAGAAAGUGUUUCUAGUGUUUCAAAUGGUAGAUUACAAAAUCAUAACGAUGACUAGAACUGCAGUACGUAGCACCUGAAUACGGUGGAUCUAUACUGUGCCUUAUGCCUCUUCUUAAAAAUACUGAAGAAAAGGUGGAGAGUUAUUUGGGGGAGAUGAUACCAGUGUAGUCCCAUUCAGAGGAGGAUGGAAGGUUAAGAUAAACCUCUUGGUUAACAAUUUUUUUUUCAUAUAGAAAUACUGUAUGUCAUUAUUACACAGUAUAUUAGAUGUGGUUAUUGCCCACUCAGACUACCUUUAUCAUUCUUCUAGAAACUAAACUCUACUUGUUCAAAAUGGCUCCAGAGAGACUGUGCAUCAUGGUGUCCCAAAGUUCCUUCCCGGCCCCAACCCGGGUCAUUUUUUCACUCAGCCUUCAUGGCACAGUGUCUGGUU